ACUUCCACGUUAUUACAUUACAAACCCCGAAGGACCAAGUAUUCUUCGAAGAAGUCCCUAAUCUCGUCUCUCUUUCUCCCUUAACUCAUCUCGAUCUUGAAAUGGCCACCACCGCCAUUCUCCGAUCUCAAGAAUGCCUCCUCCGGCCCAACCCGCGCCCUCGUCGCCGAAAGCGGAGUCCCGCCGGAUCUCCAGAUCGGAUUCGAGUACGGGACCGAUCGGUGGUCCCAAAGUUUCCGGCGAAAGACCUGGUCAUGGGGCAGGUGAAGAUCCUGAAACGCGGCGAGAAAUUGACUCCUCCGGCGCAGGACAAGGAUGGGCGGGUCUUCGGAGACGAGGAUUUGGUUCUGUGCUCGACGGAUCGGCUGGGACCCGAUCCCGAGACGGUCCAGAAGGAGAUUAGGGUUUCGGACUUGAAGGUCGUGGACGGGCUUUAUGCCGGCUCGGCGGCGUUCCUGGCUUCGCCUCCGCCGAGUUCGCUUCCAUUUCCGGCGUUUUUUGCUAGAAAGGAGAACAACGACGCCGCUACGAGCGAUCUCCGCCGGUUGCUUCGGCUGGAUUUGUUCUGAAUUUGGCCACUGCUGAUUGAAAUGCUGGAUCCGGUGGCUUGGAUCUUACUGGCUUGAUUUGCUGUCUCUCAGGGCAUCUUCCUUUAUUUUUUCAAGAGGAAGGCUGAGAAAUGAAACCAUGGAAGAGAAUCUAACGUUUGGCAUCUUACUUCUAGAGCGACAAAGAGUAGUCAUCUUUUGUUGCUUGGAUGUCUAGUUAGUUUCAACUAUAAUAGACGAUUAGGUUCUCAUAAAUCCUGUAUGCUAUAUGUAUAGUCUAAUAGUCUUGAUAUGUCACUCGUCGAUCGACGAGAAUGUGGCUGUGUCAUUGGGUUUCUGUGUGGUUCUAUGGGUAAUACCCAUUGUCUGUCAGUUUUAGUACAUUGAUAAUCUCAUAUUCCACCUAUUAUGAUGUAGCUUGCAAGUUUAAUUCGUGUUCUACAGAACUUCGAUGUAUCUUCGAUAUUCGAAUAAAAGCCUUAGCCUUUUAGACUUUAGUAUGAAAAUAUAAAGGCCAAUAUUCACGUUA